CUUAGAACUUUCACUUCAUCACUUCUCCCAUUUUCCGUUUUCCUUUGACCACCCACACUCCCCACCUCUUUCUCUCUCCUCCGCUUCAAACUCCGGCAGUCGAGUUUUAGGUCCGUUCCUCCAAACCCAAUUAAUUUAACAAAAUCAACCCAUUCCCCAACAUUGUGUGCGAAUCGAGAGCACAAAUUCUCAUACAAAUAUUUAUACUAGCAGGAGUAAGUUUGACCAAAAUACUUUGUUUAUAAUCUCUCUUUUACUACAAAAUAAAUGAGAAAGAUUCCUCUUCACCUCUGCUUGUCCUUCAAUCCAGAUCUUAUUAAUGGCGCUUAACUAACUAAGCCUCUCUCUCUCUCUCUUUCUCUAUCUGUCUCUUCGAACUCAACGGUCACAUUCAUCACAUAAAUCUCUCUAUUCUCUAAUUCUCUCUCCUCAAAAGCACCAUUUUUCUGUUGAAGAAUGGCGCAGACGAGUGAAGGCAAACCGGUGGCGGAGGCGGAGAAGAAGAAGGAACAAACGUUACCGUUUUAUCAGCUGUUUACAUUUGCUGAUAAGUAUGAUUAUCUUUUGAUGAGUGUGGGGAGUUUAGGAGCCAUUAUUCAUGGCUCUUCUAUGCCUGUUUUUUUCUUACUCUUCGGUGAAAUGGUUAAUGGUUUUGGUAAAAAUCAGUCUGAUCUUCAAACUAUGACUAAUGAAGUUUCCAAGUAUGCUUUGUAUUUCGUCUACCUUGGCCUCAUUGUAUGCGCCUCGUCCUACGCAGAAAUUGCGUGUUGGAUGUACUCUGGAGAAAGGCAAGCAGGAGCAUUGAGAAAGAAAUAUUUAGAGGCAGUUUUAAAGCAAGAUGUGGGGUUCUUUGAUACGGAUGCUAGAACUGGUGAUAUUGUUUUCAGUGUUUCCACUGAUACUCUUCUUGUUCAAGAUGCCAUUAGCGAGAAGGUGGGAAAUUUUAUACAUUAUCUAUCAACGUUUUUGGCGGGAUUGGUGGUUGGGUUUGUAUCGGCAUGGAAGCUGGCAUUAUUGAGUGUUGCAGUUAUUCCUGGAAUCGCAUUUGCUGGAGGUCUUUACGCUUACACUCUCACCGGACUCACGUCUAAAAGCCGUCAAUCAUAUGCCAAUGCUGGUAUUAUUGCGGAACAGGCCAUAGCGCAAGUUCGAACGGUGUAUUCAUAUGUUGGGGAGACGAAGGCGCUUGAUUCAUAUUCUGAUGCCAUUCAAAAUACACUUCAACUUGGUUACAAGGCUGGGAUGGCAAAGGGUUUGGGUCUUGGAUGUACGUAUGGUAUUGCUUGCAUGUCAUGGGCCCUUGUUUUCUGGUAUGCCGGUGUUUUCAUCAGGAAUGGGCAGACUGAUGGAGGAAAGGCAUUCACUGCCAUUUUCUCAGCCAUUGUUGGUGGCAUGAGCUUAGGUCAGUCAUUCUCAAACCUGGGGGCCUUUAGCAAAGGGAAAGCAGCUGGAUACAAGUUGAUGGAGAUAAUCAAACAAAAGCCAACCAUAGUCCAAGAUUUGUCCGAUGGGAAGUGCUUGGAAGAAGUCAGUGGGAAUAUAGAGUUCAAGAAUGUAUCAUUCAGCUAUCCUUCUCGUCCAGAUGUUAUGAUCUUUCGAGAUUUUUCAAUAUUCUUUCCUGCGGGAAAGACUGUCGCAGUUGUUGGUGGUAGUGGUUCAGGGAAGAGUACUGUUGUCUCCUUGAUUGAGAGGUUCUAUGAUCCUAAUGGCGGUCAGGUUUUGCUGGACAACAAUGACAUUAGGACACUGCAAUUAACAUGGUUGCGUGGUCAAAUUGGUCUGGUGAACCAAGAGCCGGCGCUCUUUGCAACCACCAUUCUCGAAAAUAUUCUCUAUGGAAAACCUGAUGCUACAAUGGCUGAGGUUGAAGCUGCUGCCUCUUCUGCCAAUGCACACAGCUUCAUUACCUUGCUUCCAAGUGGAUACAACACUCAUGUGGGUGAAAGGGGUGUUCAGCUUUCCGGUGGUCAGAAACAGAGAAUAGCUAUUGCUAGAGCAAUGUUGAAGAAUCCUAAAAUUCUCCUCCUAGAUGAAGCCACAAGUGCACUUGAUGCUAGUUCUGAGAGCAUAGUCCAAGAAGCACUUGAUAGGUUGAUGGUAGGAAGAACAACAGUGGUUGUUGCUCACCGACUUUCCACCAUUAGAAACGUUGACACAAUUGCUGUAAUUCAGCAAGGACAAGUUGUCGAGACAGGAACACAUGAGGAGUUGAUAGCUAAAGCCGGUGCUUACGCGUCAUUGAUCCGGUUCCAGGAAAUGGUUGGAAAUAGGGACUUCUCAAACCCUUCCACACGCCGUAAUCGCUCAUCAAGAUUAAGCUGUUCUCUCUCCACAAAAUCCUUGAGCCUUCGUUCCGGAAGUUUGAGAAACUUGAGUUACUCAUACAGCACAGGUCUUGAUGGCCGUAUUGAGAUGGUUUCUAGUGCUGAGUCUGAGAGGAAGAAUCCUGCACCGCGAAAUUAUUUUUGCCGGCUUCUUAAACUCAAUGCCCCUGAAUGGCCUUACUCAAUUAUGGGCGCAGUAGGAUCAAUACUGUCUGGCUUCAUAGGUCCAACUUUUGCUAUCGUGAUGAGCAAUAUGAUAGAGGUUUUCUACUAUUCAAAUUAUGCUUCUAUGGAGAAGAAGACUAAGGAAUAUGUCUUCAUUUACAUCGGGGCAGGAAUUUAUGCGGUUGUUGCAUACUUAAUCCAGCAUUACUUCUUUAGCAUCAUGGGUGAAAACCUCACAACAAGAGUUAGAAGAAUGAUGCUUGCAGCAAUUAUGAGGAAUGAAGUCGGAUGGUUCGAUGAGGAGGAGCACAACUCUAGCCUCUUAGCAGCUCGCUUAGCAACUGAUGCAGCUGAUGUGAAGUCUGCAAUUGCGGAGAGGAUCUCGGUUAUACUGCAAAAUAUGACCUCUCUUCUCACAUCCUUCAUCGUUGCUUUCAUUGUGGAAUGGAGGGUUUCACUUCUCAUUCUAGGAACAUUCCCACUUCUGGUCCUUGCAAACUUUGCUCAGCAACUAUCACUGAAAGGAUUUGCAGGAGACACAGCAAAGGCGCAUGCAAAAACGAGCAUGAUUGCAGGCGAGGGGGUGAGCAACAUUAGAACGGUAGCAGCAUUCAAUGCUCAGGAGAAGAUCCUUUCCCUCUUUUGCCACGAGCUGCGGGUCCCACAAAAACGUAGCUUCCGCCGUAGUCAAACUUCUGGGGGUUUGUUUGGCAUUUCUCAGCUUGCUUUGUAUGGUUCAGAAGCCCUGAUUCUGUGGUAUGGUGCUCAUCUCGUAAGCCAAGGUCUUUCGACUUUCUCUAAAGUCAUUAAGGUUUUUGUAGUCCUAGUCAUCACAGCCAACUCAGUCGCUGAAACUGUUAGCCUUGCUCCUGAGAUCGUAAGGGGUGGAGAGGCUGUAGGAUCCGUUUUCUCAAUCUUAGACCGUUGCACAAGGAUUGACCCAGAUGAUUCAGAAGCAGAACCUGUUGAAUCCAUCCGUGGGGAGAUUGAAUUCCGUCAUGUUGAUUUCUCAUAUCCAACUCGCCCUGAUGUUCUCGUGUUUCAGGAUUUCAAUCUCAGAAUCCGAGCAGGCCAAAGCCAAGCCUUAGUCGGAGCAAGUGGGUCUGGAAAGAGCUCUGUGAUUGCAUUGAUUGAGCGAUUCUAUGAACCAAGUGCCGGAAAAGUCAUGAUCGAUGGCAAGGACAUCCGAAGAUUGAAUCUCAAAUCUCUUAGACUUAAGAUAGGUUUAGUACAACAAGAACCAGCUCUGUUUGCUGCUAGCAUUUUCGAUAAUAUCGUGUAUGGGAAAGAAGGAGCGACAGAGGCAGAAGUGAUAGAAGCUGCUAGAGCAGCCAAUGUACAUGGCUUUGUCAGUGCAUUGCCUGAGGGCUACAAAACUACAGUUGGUGAGCGAGGAGUUCAGCUCUCAGGAGGUCAAAAGCAGAGGAUCGCUAUCGCUAGGGCAGUACUGAAGGACCCUGCCAUCCUUCUUUUAGAUGAGGCUACAAGUGCCCUAGAUGCAGAGUCAGAAUGCGUCCUCCAAGAGGCCCUCGAGAGGUUGAUGAGAGGCCGCACCACUGUCGUCGUUGCACAUCGUUUGUCCACAAUAAGGGGAGUUAGUAGUAUAGGAGUGGUACAAGAUGGGCGCAUUGUAGAACAAGGUAGCCACUCCGAGUUAAUCAGUAGACCAGAGGGAGCUUAUUCCCGACUUUUACAACUUCAACUCCACCAUGUGUGAACAAGCAAAUAGCUAUCCAAUCAUAACCGUAAGGGGGGCUUAUUCGUGGCAUCCGAGUUGCUGAGAUUGGUUAAAGUUCUGUUAUCCGCGACAUUAACAAGCUGUCGGUUUUAGCUAAUUCUUUUUUCAAUGAUGGUGGUGGGUGACCGAUGAUGGUGAUAUUGCUGUAGAUAUGGGCAUAGUAAGGGUAUUUCUAGGUAUUUCUUUUCUUUUUCUUUUUUCAAAAUCCGAUUUGAUUUCUGUAUGGGAAAGAAAUCAUUGUAUUUUAUGUUUAUGAAUGGAGGGUGCAGAAAAAAGGGAAGUAUUUGCAUGUGACUGUGAGGCGCUGGGUUUGGUUAAGAGUUUUGUUGUAGGCUUUUUCACUUCCUUACUGUAAGUUGUUACCUGGAAAAAGAUCUGCAGAAGACCUUUCCAGCUUAACUAAAAAAAGCUCCCUUUUUUUCCUAUUUUUAAAUGUUUGGUAACAUGAAUGCAUAAUUUUGGACUAAUUUACUCAUAUUUCUCUGACC